AUGCCUGCAUUAACUUCUUUUGAUAUAUCAUAUUUUUUUUUUCUACUCAGCCAAGCAAGCCAAGGCCAAGAGCCAAGGCAAGAAAUUGAAUCAGGAUCAUCAGAGAGUUUUAAUGGAGGCUCGGUUGGAGAGGACAAGACAGAAAUGGAAAGCUGGGUACUGGGUACUGGGUAUACAGCUUCCGAUCGGAAGCUUACACAAGAAAGGGAAAGGAAAGAAGGAACUGGAAGAAGAAUAGUGGAAACAACAGACAGAGAGAGGGUUUUCGGGAGUUAUUCUGGAUCCGAUCUCCCCGGUUUGAUCCUCUUUUUUUCUUCUUCUGUGUUGUUCUUUUCUGUGCUAGUUUUGGAUUAA